AGACUAGGACUGUUCUAAAUGUAUGACUAAACAGUGGAUCAAAAAUUUUUGAUUUGUUGAGUAGAGUACGAUUAAAAUGAAAUUCAAUGAUGUUUUUAAAGGGAACGACUGUGUUCAACAAACCGCAAUUGUUUUUCAAGAUAAAGAUACGUAGUAUCUAAGCAUGAGAUGUUGAAAAGCGUGGAUACCGCUUGGAUAACAUAUACGUGCGUGUGUGUAUGAGUUUACAGAUACAACAAUAUUACAAUGCGGAUAAAGAUGCAUAAUAGGUUAUAAAAUUAAAUUCCGUGCAUUUUACUGCAUAAUCGUGUGAUACUUGUCUCAACAAGAUCUCUUAUAAACUUUGCGAAUUUGGAUACACAAUCGUAGUCAUGUCAGCUACGAAGGAAGUGACAGAGUUACAAGCAUUCAAGACGGUCUUGUAUCACAGCAUCGUGAUACUGGCGUUCCCUGUGAUAUCGUUCUUCGUGAGCAAAGUCUUUUUCUUUGAUGGUCUACUAGGCCUCAGCCAUGUGCCAAGCAAUGUAUACUCGGCUGGUGUCGCAAUCGUGGUGUUACACGUCGCCCUAGGACUGUUUAUAUACAGAGCGUACUUUGACGAUCGAUCAAAGACGUCAACAGUUAAAAGAGAUUAAUUUCUUUAUUGUAUUAAGUACACCUUGGUGACCAUACGCGAUAUAAUCACAGUCAACACAGCUGUCUCGGACGUCGUCGUCAAACUGAAACUAACGUACUGCAUCGUGCUGAUUCACUGACGUAUCUCUGUGCUCACUUUUUGCAUCGACCAGUGGUCGAUCAAUAGAUCGUCGUCGGGCGCAUUAUUCACGGAAACCAUGUUGUCUGUAAUUACACAUGAUUCGUACAGAGAGAACAAUUGCUUCAACGUAAUUUAUAUUAAAAGAUUCUUCUUCCAAGUAAUAUAUAUAUAUUAUAUAUAUACAUGAUUGCAAUAUCGAGCACUACUCAAUUUUCAUGAAACUAUUAAAGUAUUACAUAUUUCCGUAUACAAAAACACAAAGGUGAAAUAAAAUCUUGUAAUAUGUC